ACACGUUGCUGCAGCUAGCCACAACGUUACGCGACUGUAAAUCUUUGGCAUCGCCCCAAGACAGCUGUGGCACGAUUUGGCCACGUACAUUGUUAAUAAAUAUGUAGUUAACUAACCAGCGAGAAAUGUACUGCGUACAGCUAAUGAGUUCUGCUUUAGUUACUUUUCACGGUGAUGUAUCAAAUCAGAAGCGAAACAGCCUGUUUCAGACGGAAUGUUUCUUAAUUAAGUAAAGUUAGCCAGAGACCUACUCCACCCUUCUGUGGAGUUGGAGAGAAGACAACAUAAGAAGAAACGCCUCGUUCAAUGCCCUAACUCCUACUUCAUGGAUGUUAAGUGCCCAGGCUGCUAUAAAAUCACCACAGUGUUUAGCCAUGCCCAGACCGUGGUACUUUGUGUUGGAUGCUCCACUGUUCUCUGCCAGCCAACCGGAGGAAAGGCAAGACUCACUGAGGGUUGCUCUUUCAGGAGGAAGCAGCACUGAGGAUGAUGACAGUGUGACAGCUCAUGUUAAGCAGACAGUGUGACAUCAUUUCACGGAUCAACAUCAUGCCAGAGAUCUAUGAUCGAUGCCUUAACUGUUCAAUCAUUGCAGUGACGGAAGUGAAAUAAUGCAGUCGUUUUGAUUUGUAACCUUAUAUAUGGCUCAUCUUUUUACCAUCAGUCCACUUCGGAAUAAAGCCUUACUCAUGAUG